GGCGCCGCUGGCGGCUCCAGCGCAAUUCGGGCGUCAGAGGAGCCCCAGGAAAACAAUGAAUCUGUUUCUGGAGCUUCUCCUGUUCCUGGCCACGCUUCUCUAUUCCUACCUGGAGGCUUUUGUGAAGCUGUUCGUGCCUGUGAGGAGAAAGUCUCUCGCCGGGGAGCUGGUGCUCAUCACGGGCGCUGGCCAUGGCGUCGGGCGAGCGACCGCCUUGGAGUUCGCCAAGCGCCACAGCAGGCUGGUGCUGUGGGACAUCAAUAAGCACGGCAUUGAGGAGACGGCAGCAGAAUGCCAGAAGCUGGGAGCCACUGUUCAAACCUUCGUGGUGGACUGCAGCAAACGGGAGGAGAUCUACAGCGCUGCAGACAAGGUGAAGAAGGAUAUUGGGGAUGUGACUGUCCUGGUGAACAAUGUUGGUGUGAUUACAGCUGCCGACUUUCUCUCGACUCAGGACCACCAGAUAGAAAGGAUGUUUGAAGUCAACAUUCUGGGUCACAUGUGGACCACGAGAGCUUUCCUGCCAGUCAUGAUGAACAACAACUAUGGGCACAUUGUCACGGUGGCUUCAGCAGCAGGUCAUUUUGUGACUCCUUUCAUGGUGGCAUAUUGCUCAAGCAAGUUUGCUGCAGUUGGAUUUCAUAAAGCUCUGACAGAGGAGCUGUCUGCCCUUGGAAAGGAUGGAAUAAAAACAACGUGCCUUUGCCCAGUUUUUAUAAACACUGGAUUUGUCAAAAACCCCAGUACAAGGCUUGGAAAGAUUUUGGAGAUUGAAGAAGUUGUACAGGCUUUGAUGGAAGGAAUAGUGACCAACCAGAAAAUGGUUUUUGUUCCACCACAGCUAAACAUUGCUUUGCUUUCUGAAAUGGUGUUUCCAGAACGUGCCCUGAACUUUCUGAAGAAGAUGACCACUCCAAAGUUUGAUGCAGUCAUUGGGCAGAGAAGCACACAGUGAAAAGCAAGAAUUGAAUCUCAUUUCCCAGAGGCACCAGUGAAAAGAGAACAUGUGCUGAGCGUAGUUCAGCUGCCUUGAUUCAAAACAGAGCUCAGGCAGGUGCUUCCAGGCCACCAUUCCCAGGCACACCUAAGGGCUUAUGCCACACCUGCAGCUGGAACACAGCUGCAUAACAGGGAGUGUUAGCAAAGAAGUGAUGCAGCUCUAGAAGGGCUGCUUUGAAUGUACAUCCCAUCACCUUUGUCUCAUUGUGCUAGGGCAGGCAGGAUGCCCACAAAGCCCAUGUUUGGGACAACACAGCUCCUUAGUUGAGUGCAAAGGGAUUGCCUGAGAACAUGUUAAUCUGGACUCAUCCCUGAGCAAAAGCAUCUUGCAAGAAGCAAUUUAUAGAGGAGGUGGGUGGCCUGUUUCAUCUCACUUAAUAAUUUUAAGUUUCAAAAAUGUGCUCUAAUGAACACUUAGAGUUUUGUGUGCAUUUAUAAUGAGCAUUAUUGAAUUAAUUAUUUGUAUUACUGAAAUAAUACAGCCUUACUUGUAAUCUAAUGUCUAAUUACAACAUUUAUCAAUUAUGCAUUAACACCAUCAAAACUCCAUAUUACAAAUAAAUACAUUUUUCUAACCCAAA